UGUUUCGCCGACAUCUCACUUUCGGCUCUCCAAUAUAUACCCCGACCCCAAGUCAGACUAGGUCGACCAUGUCCACCACUCGAAACACUCGAAAAAGCUGCGGAAACACGUAAGCUCGACCGUUUUGUGGUCUAAACAACGUCAUUUGUGUCAUUUUCAGACACGCUUCAUCGAUUUGGGGCUUUUCGGCUUGUGUUCUGGGUGAUAUUGUAAGAUCAGCGGUCCACGGGUCGCAGGUAAGAAUAGAUUAAGUAGCCAAUGUUUCUUCUAUCAAGCUGUAAAACCACCACGUGGAGUCAAUGUCGCUUUCGGGACACUCUACACUCUCAUCAUGACUUCCACCACACGAGCGAUGCUGCUCAGCCUAGGUAUGGAACUAAGUUGUGGAUCUAAGGAUCCAACUAAUUGAAUGCUAGUAGCGACCGCAGCUUCUGCGCAAUACGGACCUGGUGGCCGAUAUGGUCCUGAUGGAUCUGGAGGAGGUAGUGACAACGAUGAUAACGAUUUCGGCUCAUCAUUUGGCGGCGGCCGCGGCGGUUUUUCAUUGGAAUCACGACACAAGAUCAUCAUAGCCCAUGGUGUUCUGGCAGCCCUAGCAUUUGUCUUGUUCUUCCCAGUUGGAUCGAUCCUCAUUCGACUAGGAUCAUUCCGCGGCGUUUGGCUUGUCCACGGCUUGUUUCAACUCUUUGCGUAUGUCGUAUACAUCGCAGCAUUCGGUAUCGGCGUUUGGAUGAUCAACAACAUACCAGUCAACAUGCUCGACAAUUACCACCCGAUCAUUGGUAUCAUUGUCUUCGUUCUGCUCUUUUUCCAACCUAUCCUUGGUUUCGUACAUCACCUCAAGUUCAAGAAACAUAAUCGCCGAACUAUCUGGUCGUACGGUCAUCUCUGGCUGGGACGUAUCCUGAUCACGAUGGGCAUGGUUAAUGGUGGCCUCGGUCUGCUUCUUGCAUCGGACGCACCCGCAUUCACUGGAUUUGCUCCAAGCCGGGGUCAGACUAUCGCGUAUGGAAUCAUCGCUGGUAUCAUGUGGCUGCUUUGGGUUUCCGCUUCGAUCUAUGGGGAGAGAAAGAGGAAGAUCCCGCGAAAAGCAGCAUUGAACAAGGAAGUCGAUGACGGAUCGCCACGCCCUUAUGAUGAUGGAAAGGAAUAUUAUGCGUAUGUCGGUCGCUGUUCUACCUAUGUGUGUUCCGUUGCUAACCGUAUGACAGGCAACGAACUUAUGCUUGAACGUAUCAAUGAUUUCUCAGAGGAAAGCAGUGCACAUUGAACCUAGUACAAUGUUUAAAACGGUUAUUUUAAAAACAUAGCGCGCUUCCCACACAGUUUUUAUUACCUGGCGUGCCUGAUAACGCCUUGUCUUUAUGCUUGUCUCCUUCGUAACAAAACCCUAUACAGAACUUUUUCUACUUAUCCUCGCAAUCUCGUGGGUCAGACAAGUCUUUGUCUUCUUACUUGCUGCAUUUGGCCGUGGCUGAUGCAACCGCUUCGUUCGGAACAAGGAACCUAAUCGGUCGACAAGAAACGUAUUAGCAAGCAUGAUAAUCUUCGCCAUUCCGUUUUUUUUAACCAUACUCGGCGAAUUAAAUAACCAAUUGGUAGAGUGAAGAACCACAAUGCCCAUAUACGGGUUGCAAAUCCAUCGCGGGAGUCCUCCAAGUGAUGUUUUUCUGUCAUAAAAACCCAGAUACAGCUCGCAAUCCACACCACUGUAUCAAAGAGAAAAGAUAAAUAUCCUUUUUAAGAGUGC